UUAAGGAAGCUUCAUGCCCGUAGUCCAUAGAUUCUUUAAUUGCGUAUCCAUCAUGCAUGGCCUAUAUAAAGAAACUCUCCCUCUUCUCAUUCUCAUAUCAUAAAACCCUUUUACAAGAGAUUUAUCAGCUACCAAAGUAUGGACUUUUACUAUGCUUUUUCUUUCGCUUUUCUUCAUGUUCUUGCAAUCCUGUUCACUCCUUUAAGAGUCGUUCAUGGCUCCACUCCUACCACCACAUUCUCUGUAUGCAGUCAAACCCCUCAUCCUGAAAUUUGCACUUCUUUGAUUGGGAAGACUAGUAAACAAACCUGGUUUGAGGUUCGCCAAACCACCCUUGUGUCUACUUUGGCUCAAGCUCAGCAUGCCCAUGAGCUUGUUUCGGCUAUGGACCUGAGUUCUUUUGAACCAAGGGCUAAGUCUGCUUGGGUUGACUGUAUGGAGCUUUAUGAGGACUCGGUUUAUCAACUAAAUCGUUCUCUUGGUUCUGCCAACAGUAACGAUAUCCAAACAUGGCUUAGUUCAGCCUCUACCAAUCAUGAAACAUGCCAAAAUGGUUUUCUUGAUUUCAACUUGUCUUCCCAUCUUCACACUUUUCAAUCUUCUUUAAGUGGCUUCUCAAAGUACCUUAGCAACUCUCUUGCUAUAAACAAAGCCGUAGCUCCAUUAGCUAUAAGUCCUGAACAGAUUAAAGGGAGAAGACUCCUGGCAACAAAUAAAUUCCCAAAAUGGUUGUCAAUAAGUGAUAGAAAGCUUCUUGCAACCCCCUCCGGUGCUACCUCAGCCAAUAUAGUGGUUGCUCAAGAUGGUUCUGGUAACUACAAGACCAUAUCCGAGGCCGUUUCUGCUGUGCCUAGCCUUAGGAAAGGAAACUCGAGAUUUGUCAUAUACGUGAAAGCCGGUGUUUACAAGGAGAAUGUAGAUAUCAAGAAGACGAUGCAGAAUUUGAUGUUCGUUGGAGAUGGUAUGGGUUCUACAAUCGUUACAAGUGACAAAAAUGUGCAAGGUGGUUCGACAACUUUCCGGUCAGCAACCUUUGCGGUUUCUGGAGCUGGGUUCAUCGCUCGAGAUAUGACGUUUGAGAACACAGCCGGACCAGCACAGCACCAAGCCGUGGCCUUUCGGUCUGGUUCAGACCUAUCGGUCGUCUACGGGUGUGCCUUCAAAGGCUAUCAAGACACACUUUAUGUCUACUCUGGACGUCAAUUUUACCGCAACUGCCAAGUCUACGGGACCCAAGAUUUCGUCUUUGGGAACGCUGCCACAGUUCUCCAAAGCUGCAAUAUAUAUGUUCGAAAGCCGCUGGGUGGUCAGAAGAACACCAUCACAGCUCAGUCCCGAACCGACCCUAACCAGAAUACUGGCAUCAUAAUACACAACUCAGCCGUCAUGGCUGCUUCUGAUCUGAGAGGCUCAGAGGGUUCGUUCGGGACCUAUCUUGGUCGGCCAUGGAAGCAGUACUCGAGAACGGUGUUCAUGAAGUGCUCUCUUGAUAGCCUAAUCAACUCUGCUGGUUGGUAUCCAUGGGAUGGUAAUUUUGCUUUGAGUACACUGUAUUAUGGUGAAUAUAUGAACACCGGCGGUGGUGCCGGCACAGGUGGUAGGGUGAAGUGGCCAGGAUACCAUGUGAUCACGAGUGCCGACGAGGCAACAAAAUUUACGGUUGGGAAUUUCUUGGACGGUGGGUCUUGGAUUCCGGGGACCGGAUUGCCGUUCACUGCCGGGCUAUGAAUAUGUACAAAAAAUUUCUAUUAUGUUAUGUCGUUUUCAAUAUAUAUAUAUAUAUAUAUAAAGUAGGGGGGAUUAUGGUACUUUUGGUUAACGAUAAGGACUUGUAAUAAAGGAGGGGUGGAAACGUCAUUACAUGUAGUUUGAUAGUAUUUGUAUAUAUCGAAAAGAUACAAGGGCAUAUUACGUACAUAUUGUCCUUUAGUUAAGUUUGAAACGUGUAUUGAGAUUGUUUACUGCUUAGUUUGGCUUUUAAUAUAUAGAAAAUUUUAUGA